AUGGAGGAUGGUCGUAGGCCAUUUGACUCGGUCAGGGUUGGCCUGGCCAGUGCUGAGACCGGGCAGGAGAGGUUCACACGAGACGGUGUCUAUGCCCCUCCACCGUUAUCUAUAUGGCGGUGCAAUUUGACUGCCCUAUCUCAGCGCUUCAACCUCUAUUUCGCUGCCACAACAGACACCAUUGCCGUCUACAGACCAGACUUUCCAUUCCAGAAAUUAUACCGACUGCCCGCUCUGGUGAUUCCUCCUGCCCUGGCAAAUCCGACCGCACGGGGUUAUAUCGACCCACGGGUGCCUCAUGCGGUCAACCACCUGAUUGUGGGAGACCUUGGAAAGGAGGAAAUCCUCCUCAUCGCCACCGACUCCGGGAACGUAACCGCAUACUAUACCAAGAUGAUUGACGACGCCAUUCGCAAGGACCCAUACCGCUUUAGCACCGAUGGCCGGAGCGACUACAUCGGACUCAGACCAUUCUUCACUCACUGGGUGGAUGAAUCGGCAUGGGGACUCUCAAUUCACACUAAUGCGCGAAUGAUUGCAGUGUCGGCCAAUACGCCUUAUCAUACCGCCAGCGACGACCCCUGCGCCAAGGUUACCGUCUUCGCUUUCGCCUUGACCGAGGAUAGCCAUGGCAAUAGGACAGAGGAUGAGCCAGAGGAUGAAGGUCAAGCCUACCACGACGAGCGCGACUGGGAAGAAUGGGUCGCAAUGGGAGUGGCUGCGACCACUCCGGCACGGAAGCGAAAUUACAAAAUCACUCUGGCCGGAGUUGAGGGUCAUGAUCACAACAUCCCAUGCAUCUCAUUUGUCAAUACAGACGACGACCUCGAGGGCAACUGGCUUUUGAGUACUGAUAUAGGUGGAAACCUGAAAAUCUGGCAAAUUUGGCAAGGAAUCUGUCAGAAGUCCUGGGAUUUCGCCGACACCACGGCGGACCCCGACUUCCUCAGACCGCGUCAACGACGUCAUUCACGCGAAAGAAGCUGGUUUGUUGCUGCUCUGGACCCGCGGUCAUUUCGGUCAGCAGAGACUAUGGAACAGUUUUGCGGACAUAGCCACACAGCCCGAUACCAUGGUCACAAUAACCUUGAGAGCUACGAUCUCACAGCCGUGGUCCGAAUCCGAGCACGGGGCAACAGCCAUGCACAUCCGCUGAUGCAGGAGAGUACAGAAGAUGAGACUGACUUGGACGACAACGUCGAGACGCCUGACUCUUGGUCGGACCUCGACGAGGCAGCUGUGGCCGUAGAUCGAGGCCAAUAUGACCUGGAUCUGGCCACAGACCACGACCAAGCUACCGGACAGGGGCCACCCGCUACUGGAGGUGGCACGGGUGAUAGCUUGGGGCAAGUUUCGGACCCCGGGAUGACGAACUCCGGCUCGACAUCGCCGGAGCCAAGUAUGGGCUCUGAGCACGCCGUGAGCGCAGAUGCUCUUUUGGUCGAAGGCAUUAUCCUCGAGGGGGACGAUGACUUUAUUCCUCACGAAACCGACGAGGAAGGAUACCAUUCCGGCUCAGAGCAGCAGACAGAGGAUGAGGAUUCGUCUUCGGCGGGCCAUCCAAGCACCACCUCUCUGUCGAGCCUGGCAAAUCCACACAGUCCGGAGAUCGACGUGGAUGUCCUAUCUGCAUCUGACAUGGACUCUCCACUAAUGGCGCGGCACCAUCAUGAGAAAGAAAAUCAACUUCCUGGAUAUACCAUCAAUGACUCGAGUGUCGUCAGGGCCCGCGGUACGGCCAGCGCACCCAACAUACCCACCCUUCACUGCAGCGCAUCAAACCUGAGACUCCUGAUGACUCCCCAAGCUGACUCCCCUCAUGUCUUCUGUGCCAAUAUCCUCAAACAAGUAUUGCCGCCUCGUUUAAAUGGCUUCCAUCCCUCGCAUCUAGACAGGCUGAAUAUGAUGCUGCAGAUCCCGGAGUUGGGUAUCGUUGUCGUCGCAACCCAGAUAGGUCGAUGCGCAGUCUGCUCGUUGACACGAUUGACAACUACGGGAACACUAGGCCUGCGAGUAGACUGGAUCCUACCUACAAAGAAACAGCAACUCAAGGGAAUUCGACCUUUCAGCCCACUGCUUGGUAUAGCGGCAUCCCCAGUACAAGGGCACUUCAAGAGCGAUAAAUCCGCAGCCAGGGAAACGUCGGAGGGGGCGGACAGUUGGGGUAACGACCGCAUCGUCGAUGGCGUCCCUACCACCUUUGACCCCGGUGUACUGGUAGUAGCGGAACAGGUUGGCGGAGGCGAGCAUGCGAAUGCAAGUCAGGAUCAGAAUAGCAACAGGCACAACAUGAAGAGGAAGCACGGCUCUUCUUCCCUUUCCAGGAUGCAGCAUCAUACGACCAAGACCGAGUUGAGAAAGUGGGAGAUCCCCACUGGAGCGGAGCCAUGGCAAGCCAUGGACAGCAGUCGCAGAUAUAGGCUGAUGCUCACAUAUGAUGACAUGACCGUCCUGACUUACGAGCUGUCGCGAGGCGUCGAGGGUGACGAGGUUGCUCGAGACGAGCCCGUAUCCACGCUGGAGCUUCUCGACUGA